GGGCCAAAGCCACGCCCAUUCAAUCCAAGCUAUGCUAAUCUCCUUUCUAUUUACUGAUUCUUUUUCCAUCGUUUGACUUAGACGUCUUCGACGCCCUCUUGCGUCACGGAGUGGAAAGACAACAGCGCAUGUCCGGACAACUAAUAAAUUCACAUCCAAACUGUCUUAAACACACCUUUUAUUCCUAGAAUCUAAAUAAAUAUAUGUAUUACAUUGUAUAGCCUAAGUAAUGUCUACCAUACAUCCCUCAAACACCUAAAUAAUUUAGAAACCGAGUAAAGGUAUGAAUAUUUCAGUACAAAGUCAUUAGAUACCAGGUAGGCUACCUGAGCCACACGAAACUUCCGGGACAAAGCUAUUUUAAGUUGUAUUUGUUGCUUUAAAAGAAAUAUAGUCGAUCAGUUACUGAAAAUGACACUAGUUGAGGUGUUUGAGACAAUUUGGGAGACCUUCCAGUCAAAAGACUCAGUUUUGCAGCCUGUGUGGGACUAUGUGCGACUCAACCACUCUGAAACUCUCCGGUCUCCUCUCUUUCCUGUGAUUCUGACCGUAGCGUCGUAUUUCAUUUUUUGUCUACCCUACCUAGUCUGCGACAUCAUGGGACAGAAGUGGCCAGCUGUUAACCGGUACAAGAUCCAGCCCGACAAGAUGCCCACGACUGCGAUGCUCCUCCACUGCAGUGGAGUUACUCUUUAUAAUCAUGUGCUUCUGGUGUUUCCUGCAGCAGUAGCACAGUGGAUGUGGAGACCUCCUGUGCCCCUUCCUGAAAGAGCACCUACAUUGCUUGAACUUGCAGGUGGGGUGACUGGAAACCUUCUUCUUUUUGACUUACAGUAUUUUAUCUGGCACUUUCUGCAUCAUAAGAUCCGCUGGCUGUAUGUGACUUUCCAUGCCAUCCACCAUAAUUACUCCGCCCCUUUCGCUCUGGCCACACAGUGCCUUGGUGGAUGGGAGUUGGUCACGGUGGGCUUUUGGACCACGAUCAACCCCGUUCUGCUGAGGGGUCAUCUGGUCACCACCUGGAUGUUCAUGGUGGUCCACGUCUAUGUAUCAGUGGAAGACCACUGCGGAUAUGAUUUCCCUUGGUCCACGUCUCGUCUGAUCCCAUUUGGUGUUUAUGGAGGUCCGAGCAAGCACGAUGUGCACCACCAGAAACCUAAUACUAACUUUGCACCCCAUUUUAGUCACUGGGAUAAACUGUUCGGAACUCAUGCUGAUUUUAGUUUUGCUAAAGCUCAGUAAUGAGCAUGCAUGUGUGUAAAUAUUCAAUUUGCAUGUUUGGUUGCUUCAGGCAGAGCUUAAACAAUGCAGAAUUUAUAACUUCAGCUUUCACUUUGACUUUAUUUAUAUAGGAACAGUAUUAAAAGCAUGAUUUUAGUGCAGAAAAAUGUAAAUAAACAAAUUAAAAAUAAAGAAAAGAAAAGAAAACAAUGCAUAGAGAUUAUAAUAAUAUAAUAAAGGCUAAUUUGCAUAUCAUAAACACAGGUAUAAUUAGUAAAUUACUAAAAACGAGUUAAAAUUUAAGUUGAGAACCUUUUACAGAGAUGAAUCUUCUGGUAACAUUAUGUCUGUUUAUUCAUUUAGAAAUCAACUUUAUGUUGAUUAUGAAUUUUAAGCAGCUUUAUUAUAUUAGCAUUUAAAAACUAGUUUUAUAUAUGAUACAUUUAUACAGUUUUAAAAUGCAUAAUAAAAAAAUGACAUCAGUUUAGUCUAUUAUCCAUAUAUUUUAAAAGCUUUUUAUAUUGUGACCUUUUAUGAUUUAUCACUGUGUUACUUCAAUGUGUUACUUGCCCUUUCUUUGAAAUUAUUUGUGAAAUUUAAUAGCAAUUUCUUGAAAAUUGUUUCAAAGGAAAUCUUACAGUAUUCUUUUAUUGUUUAUUUAUUAGU